UCCCAGCCUCUCCACUUCCGGUGAGUGUUCUGCAUCCGGUCCACAGACUCGUCUGACUUCCUCGCAGGUGGUCUCUAGCCACAUCCUCUUGAUGCUGCCCAGUGUCCUCCGCUGUGCUCGCUCUGCCUCCACCAGUCUCGCCUUACGCCGGCCUCUGGCCCACUUCAGACCACACAUGGCCCCGGACCCAAGCCGGCCCGUUGAGAGCUCCAUCAGAACCAAACUAACCGACGCACUACAGCCGGACCACUUAGAAGUCCACAAUGAGAGCCACAUGCACGCCGUGCCCCCCGGCUCUGAAUCCCACUUCCGUGUGCUGGUUGUUAGCUCCCAGUUCGAGGGUCUGCCGCUGAUAAAGCGCCACCGCCUGGUUAAUGAGGCCCUGAAGGAGGAGUUGAGUAGCUGUGUUCAUGCACUGGCUAUACAGACAAAGACCCCUGAGCAGUGGGGAAGUAACCCCACCCUGGCAAAGAGUCCGCCCUGCAUGGGAGGAUCGAAGGGAGAUCACACGGUGGAGGAGAAGUUGAAGGCUGGACGAGACUGAUGUGUUGGACAAUGAAGCAGUGCUUUGCUGAAAUGUGAAGAAUGCAGUAAGAGGGGGACAUAGAUUAGUAUUUACCCCUCUCGUCUUAAUGGUAGUCGCAUAUUUCAUUGCAAAAUAAAUUGUGUGAACACUUAUUGUGAACAUUUAGUUUGCAAUUGUAUUUAUGAUGUAAAGUUUGCAAUAUCAAAAAGUGCCACAUGAACAAGAACAACACUUAAAGUAAAUACUAUGACUUUAUGGCAACUUGCCCUUGCAAUGCUUACGCUAAACAUUGUUUUGGAGUAAAAGACUAUAUUACUGACAGGAAUGAGUCUAUUGCCUAAACAGCCCUGACAUUUAGAUCUUAGUCUUUGUUCCUUGGUUUGUGUCAGUGAAAAACUCUUCGUCUGUUUAGUGUCACAAACCAAAAGUCAGUGGGCGAAGGUCAUAUUUCCUCAUUCAUGCAAGAACAAGAAUCCUCGGGAAAUUGUUAAUACAUUUCUUGUGAUUAAAGGGUUUAAAUAAAAUGAUUUAACCAGGUAA